GCAGCGAUUCAGUUGAACGAGUGCGUUUCUGGAGUUCGGAGUUGUUUUUAUUGUCGUCGUCGUCGUUGUGCUUGUGUGUUUUUUUUUGGGGAGAAAGAUAAAUAAAUGUUGUUGUAUUUGUUUGUGCUUCAAGCACCUUUUUAAAAGUAUAAGCAGAAGAAGUAUCCGUAUCUCUUAAGUGAGAAACUGCUGCAGGUCAUAAAUCGAAAUCGUAUAUGCAAGCUGAGAUUCAAGCGGAUGUUGAUAUAAAAUUAUUGUCAGUUAGCGGAAGUUUUUCAAAUUUUUAAGAAAUUAAACAAAAGUGUUACUGACCGAAACGACACAAAGGGCAAAAGGCCAAGCAAUCCAGCUGCUUCUCUGGAUGGUUUAGGGGUUGACGUUGACGUUGAGAAGAGUUUUGUAAUCUCUCACAUAUGUGCGGAUGAUAAGUACCCAAAAGUUAACUGUGUGCGUUUGCUUGUUUUAAGGGAUGUAUGGAUGAAAUAUAGUACUGUAUACAUUUACAUAUAUACAUAAACCUAUAUAUGUUUGAACUCGGUUAUCCUCUUAUUUGAUCCCUCAUCAUUGUCGCAUCAUCGAAAGUGAAGCGCAAAAUGAACUGACACCAACUUUUUCUAACUUUGUUGGUUCCGUUUGUUGUUGUUUUGUGUGUUGGUGGUGAAAGGAAAAUUCGGUCGUCGUUGUUUAUUAUUAUUAUUGUUCCACUUGAUCAUAUCUAUCAUUGAAAUUUAUAAUAAAAAAAACUAGAAAUAUUUUUUUCUAGUUCAUAUUUUAUUUUUUACGUGAAAACUAUCAAAAAAAUAUUUAAAAAGAGAGAAAAAAACCCUCUGUUAUAAUUUUUUGAUUUGCAAAAAAACCAAAACCAGAAAAAGUGAUGUGUUUCGUGUCGAUGGUUACAAAACGUUCUUGCAUCAUAGCAGAAGGUAUGGUGUGAAUAUAACACAUAUACCUACAUACCUAACAUACAUUUAUGUAUAUUUAUUUUGUAUAAAAGAGUACUUUUACUCUUGUGUAUGUGUGUUUUAGUUUACUGUUAAUUGCAGGUAAAAGAUAUACAAGUUGAAGUUUUGAGUUUUGUUUAUUCGUCGUCCUCUUUUACAAAAUAACCGUGUAAUACAGUGAAAUCAAAAGUGCAGAUUUGAAAGAAAAAAUAUCUCUAUUGUCCUUCGGUUGUCCUUCGAGUGAGUAUAUUUCUGGAAAAGGAAAAGAAAAAAAAAAAACAAAAAUAAGUAUCCUGCAUCGAAAUGGCUCUUUCAAAACGGAUUAAAUGCUUCAAAUAUCUUGUAUAUAGUUACGUCGUUUUACUAACGAUAACUGGAGCUGCUCAAAUUAUAAUAGGAACUUCGUUGCUCUGGGGACAUGUCGGUUAUUAUGGCAUCGUACAAAAUAAAUUGUGGGCACCAUCCGCGAUUCUCCUAGCAUUGGGUCCUUUCACAUUCAUCUUGUGCUGGAUGGGAUGUCAAGCGACGAAUCAAAAGAAACGCUGCCUCCUAGGAAUGUUUAGUGCACUAUUAGUGGCAGCAAUCUGUGUGCAAUUUAUUGUAUGCGGAUGGGCACUAGCUAUGCGAGAGAAUCUACCGACUUCGGUUGAGAUUUUCGUUGAUGACUCGUUUGUGGACUUUUUGGAUAAGUUUUCACGUACCAAAGUGGAUAAUUUACACCUGUGGAAUCGUAUGCAAUCACAAUUACAAUGCUGCGGUGUAGAUGGACCGUUGGAUUAUAGACGCUUAUCAUUGCCAUGGUCUUGUUGCUCUCGGCCAGAACACGCUUAUGAAUCUGCUUGUGAUACACAUUAUAAACGGGGCUGCCUUGCUGUACUCUCGGAGCAAAUAAAGGUUCGACUCUUGUUGGCUUGUUUCGCUGCCGCUGGUAUUGCACUAGUUCAGAGCUUUGGACUAUUUUGUGCAAUCCACUUAACUGUGCUACUUGGACGAAGUGAAAAUGGUGAGGAUAUUAACCGCAUUGCUAAACGUCAGCAAGAAUUUUUACCACUGUCCAUUCAAGAUAAAGGAAGACGUGAUCUGCCAUCGCCAUUGAGUUUAUCUCCCUCGGCACCUGGCCAUCGACUUAUGAAGACUGCUCCACCACCGCCACCCACCAUGCCCAAAUGACAGACGAUUAGUUUCUAAAUUAAAUAAUUAUAUAUAUAUAAAAUAUACGUAUAAUAUAUUUAAAGAUUUUCAAAUUAUACUUAAAUUUACUAAAUAAUUUAUCAAACAAACAACAAAAAAAGGCAAAAAAAAUUAUAAAAAAUCCUGUAAAAAAACCAACAAAAAAAAAUCAUAAAAAAUUUAAAAAAAAUUAUCUUAUUUAGAAAUUUUAAAGAUUUGAAAAAAAAACAAGAAAAAAAAAAACAAAAAUCAAAGCCCACUGCAUUCCGGCACAAAGUGGUCAACCAUUACCGUAGUUUGUGAUAGAAUUUUUUGUCUGGCGAUCUCUCUCUCUAAAAAAUAAAAAGAUUAUAUUAUAAAAAUAAAAACUAAUUGUAAACAAUUUACCAUUCGAAUUGAAAAAGUUCCAGCGAAUAUUUUUCCAAAAAAGAAAAAAAAAAAACGAAAAACAUUAAACAAACAAAUUUAACUCAUUUAGUAAAUACAACAACCAUUACAAACAAGAGUCAGAAAUGCGCAGAAAAGGAUAUAAUUAUUCGAAAAUAAAAAAAAAUGUGAGAACUCGAGCCACUUUCUACACAUUUUGGCAAGAACGCUAGAAAAGGCUGAACCAGAUAAUUGUUGUCUCGCUCAACAAAGACAAACCAAAUGAAUGGGCAUCAUCGUCCUUCCUAUUUAUCACUCGAACUGAAUACUAAGACGAAUGCCAAUAAAGCUGUCACCACCUAUAUUAUACAUUUUGUAAAAAAAACGUCGUUUUCUCAUUUGAUUUUUCAAAUUUUUCUUUCUUACAUAUAUUUUUUUUUUACAAUAAAACACACAAUCGAAUCUGAAAAUAAAACGAACAAAAAAUGUGUUGGAUAACGCCCUCAAUCAGGGGGAAAUAUUAUUGAAGAAGUUGGGAUGGAAUAUAAAACGGAAGCCUUUUUAGAAAUUUACAAAAUAGACCAUAGGUAGGAAAUGUAAUAAAAUUAUUUAUAUAUUAUAUAUCUCAAAAACAAAUAUUAAUAUUAUUCACCUAAAAAAAAUGAAAAAUUAAAAAAAAAAAAAACAAACUGCCAGUUGAGUAACUUUCCCAAAAGUUAAAUAAAAAAAAAAAUAUUACAUAAAAAAAAAACAUAAUCAAAAAUAAAAAAAAAAAAACAUUUUAGAUAUUUUUAUUAUUUAGGCAUAAGGAAAAGCACUUUCUGUAAAUGCGCAUGUUUAUCCUACGGAUAUCGGAAUUAAAAGAAUAUAAUUAUAUUUAAAAAAAAAAAGACACAACUGCAGAAGACUUUAGGACACACACACAA